AUGGCCCCCUCUUUUAACCCAAGGUACUCCAAGUCACAGACUCCUCAGAGCUGAGGAAGCUGGAGGGUUUCUGCAAGCUAUUCAGGGUGCAUCUGCCCUGGCCAACAAUGGAGUCCUUAGGGCCUCUGGGAACGCAUCUUGGGACUCAGAGCUCACAACAUCCCCUCUGUAACCUGCUCUUCGUGUCAGGCUGCUAGACCCCGGGAGGAAACUGCUCUGACUUCUCACAGUUCCUCUGCCUGACCUGCUACUCCUAGGAGUUUACAUAGCUUGAGCCUGGUAGGAAACAAGUAAAAUUAGAAACAGAUUAAACUACUGCAUCAGCAACAAAUUAGAUGACAACGGUAUGAUCACUUCCUUGGAACACGGUUCUAGCUAGAUAUUCAGGGUACAGGGCUAUGUGGAGAAAGACCCUAAGAUGAAGGGACCAGUCGGGGAGGUGGCCCCGGCAGGUGUCCCAGCGGCUUUUGCCUUGGCAGGUGGGAGCAUGACCUGUCGUGUGCAGUUCCUGGCGGGCUAUACAUAGCCAGUCAAAGCUGCUUACAAGAGAAACCUCUUUCACACCCUCCACGGGUCCCACCCACAGGCCACAGGACUCACUGUAAAUCCCCUGGACGUUGUCUCACCCGGGAAGGGAAAGCAGCCAGCAGCCCUCCAGCCCUCUUGUGCUUUCCCUGGGAGUGCGCCCCGUGCUCAGCCAUGGUGGACAUGGGGGCCCUGGACAACCUGAUCGCCAACACCGCCUACCUGCAGGCCCGGAAGCCCUCGGACUGCGACAGCAAAGAGCUGCAGCGGCGGCGGCGUAGCCUGGCCCUGCCCGGGCUGCAGGGCUGCGCGGAGCUCCGCCAGAAGCUGUCCCUAAACUUCCACAGCCUGUGUGAGCAGCAGCCCAUUGGUCGCCGCCUCUUCCGUGACUUCCUAGCCACAGUGCCCACGUUCCGCGAGGCGGCGACCUUCCUAGAGGACGUGCAGAACUGGGAGCUGGCCGAGGAGGGACCCACCAAGGACAGCGCACUGCAGGGGCUGGUGGCCACUUGUGCGAGUGCCCCUGCCCCAGGGAACCCGCAUCCUUUCCUCAGCCAGGCCGUGGCCACCAAGUGCCAAGCAGCCACCACUGAGGAAGAGCGAGUGGCCGCAGUGACUCUGGCCAAGGCUGAGGCCAUGGCCUUCUUGCAAGAGCAGCCCUUCAAGGAUUUCCUGACCAGCCCCUUCUACGACAAGUUUCUGCAGUGGAAACUCUUUGAGAUGCAACCAGUGUCAGACAAGUACUUCACUGAGUUCAGAGUGCUGGGGAAAGGUGGUUUUGGGGAGGUAUGUGCCGUCCAGGUGAAAAACACUGGGAAGAUGUAUGCCUGUAAGAAACUGGACAAGAAGCGGCUGAAGAAGAAAGGUGGUGAGAAGAUGGCUCUCUUGGAAAAGGAAAUCUUGGAGAAGGUCAGCAGCCCUUUCAUUGUCUCUCUGGCCUAUGCCUUUGACAGCAAGACCCAUCUCUGCCUUGUCAUGAGCCUGAUGAAUGGGGGAGACCUCAAGUUCCACAUCUACAAUGUGGGCACACGUGGCCUAGACAUGAGCCGGGUGAUCUUUUACUCAGCCCAGAUAGCCUGUGGGAUGCUGCACCUCCAUGAACUCGGCAUCGUCUACCGGGACAUGAAGCCUGAGAAUGUGCUUCUGGAUGACCUCGGCAACUGCAGGUUAUCUGACCUGGGGCUGGCCGUGGAGAUGAAGGGUGACAAGCCCAUCACCCAGAGGGCUGGAACCAAUGGUUACAUGGCUCCUGAGAUCCUAAUGGAAAAGGUAAGUUAUUCCUAUCCUGUGGACUGGUUUGCCAUGGGAUGCAGCAUUUAUGAAAUGGUUGCUGGACGAACACCAUUCAAAGAUUACAAGGAAAAGGUCAGUAAAGAGGAUCUAAAGCAAAGAACUCUGCAAGACGAGGUCAAAUUCCAGCAUGAUAACUUCACAGAGGAAGCAAAAGAUAUUUGCAGGCUCUUCUUGGCUAAGAAACCAGAGCAACGCUUAGGAAGCAGAGAAAAGUCUGAUGAUCCCAGGAAACAUCAUUUCUUUAAAACGAUCAACUUUCCUCGCCUGGAAGCCGGCCUAAUCGAACCCCCAUUUGUGCCAGACCCUUCGGUGGUUUAUGCCAAAGACAUCGCUGAAAUUGAUGAUUUCUCUGAGGUUCGGGGGGUGGAAUUUGAUGACAAAGAUAAGCAGUUCUUCAAAAACUUUGCAACAGGUGCUGUCCCUAUAGCAUGGCAGGAAGAAAUUAUAGAAACGGGACUGUUUGAGGAACUGAAUGACCCCAACAGACCUACAGGUUGCGGGGAGGGUAAUUCAUCCAAGUCUGGCGUGUGUUUGUUAUUGUAAAUUGCUCUCUUUACCAAACAGGCGGCAGGAGUCUCGGCUGACAUAAUCCUCGAAUGUUCCCAACACGUGGAAAUCUGUGGAAUGAGGGCUAAUCAGUUAGGAGGGACAUCACAACCACAAAACAAUUCAAAGGACAGGCAAGCUCACUACUAGGACACAUUUUAUUUUCUUUCUCCUUCUUUCUUCAUAAACACGAGUAAAGUCUCAGUUUUCACUGAGGGCUGGGAAAAGGAACACUCAGAUUUAUUUUGAUAAACUGAAAGCAUCAGCCUUUUACCAUCAUGUCCCUGUGUAUUACGCAAAGUCCUAGGAACAGAGAAUGGAACUUUGUGGUGUGCCCAGAAAAUGAGUGUUUGCAAUUCUUAGUAAAUAAUCAUUUUAGUUUUUCUUUGUUUAUAUCUUUUUUUCCCUUCAUCUUUCUUCUGCUUCUAUAUUUAUAAAAAGGAUUUUGAAGCUGGAAACAACAUUCUCCCCCUAAAAAGGAGUGGAUUACAAUAUUUUGGCAAUGUUCUACAUCACAGAAUAAUUUUCAAUUUCACUGACAGUUUCUUUUGCAAUUUUGUGGAAAUAACUUACUAUCAUAAUGUUGAAGCAUUUUAAAUGUAAACAUCCAUGACGUCUGUGAUUUAAAGCAUUCCGUAAAUUUA